GUUUGAAACCAUGCUUCGGAUAAUGCAUAAUUGCACCAUAGGAGUGAUCCUUCCAAUAGUCUUCAGUAGAUUCGGGACAAAUAGCCGCGAGACGAGGCCAGACAAUACUCCUCGGUUGGCUAAGCGAUGUUUGGACCCUUGCCUUACCCUUGCUUCCCCAGCUUCGCGACGAUCUGGGGUGUGGGGAAGAGACUAACAGCAUACUCGCUAUCGUUCCUACACUUAUCACAUAGCUAAACGUGCCGGUGGGACAGUGAACAAGGACUUAGAUAUAUGCGGCCUUGUAUCCCCCCUUGGUGUCGAUCAAGGCCUUGCUCGUGUACUUCUCAUAGCCUGGGAUCGAAACAGUCCGUUAGCCACGCAAGAUGGCCGAUGAGCAGGCUAAAAGCACGCUGGAGGAGAAGGUCUUUGACAAACACUCUCAUAUCGAAGUCCUGACUCAACCGGCCUUGCGAUCGAAGUCUGACGACCUUGGGGUCCUUGAUGCUAUCAAAAGACACAAACUCAUCACUCUCGUCGCUCUCUGCGCAGCGUUUAGCGCUUCCUUGGACGGCUAUCAGAUCACCUUGAACGGUGGCAUUGUCUCGAACAAAGGCUUCAUCGCGCAGUUUGCUACUGCGGGCACAACGGUGAUACAAGGAAAGUAUAUAUCGGCAUGGGGCGGUAUCCAGUCUGCCGGUCAGACCAUUGGCCAGCUCGGACUGCAAUUUGUGACAGAUGGUCUGGGACGGAAGGCUGCACUGUAUACAUUGUGGGUGUUCCUCGUAGCUAGCAUAUUCGCGGAGACAUUUGCAACUAGCUGGCAGCACUGGCUCGUGGCAAAACUGUUUUCCGGAAUGGGUGUCGGCAUGCUUCAGGCUACAAUGCCAGUGUACCUAGCGGAACUUGCGCCGACGCAGCUGAGAGGAUUUCUCAUCAACGCGUAUUCAUUUUGGUUUGUGCUUGGCCAACUGUGUGGCUCGAUUGCUCUCAAUGAGAUCCACAAGCUCGAACCGCUGAACUUCAGGCUCGCAAUUUACACCCAGUGGGCUAUGGUAGGUGGCAUGGGUCUUAUCUUCGUUUUCCUCCCAGAGACGCCGUGGUGGCUUGUCGGUAAAGGCAAGACAGAGCAGGCGGCGAAGGUGCUGCAGAGAUACAACGGAUCUAUCGAAGGAUAUAGCGUCCAUGAAAACAUUGAAAUAAUGGCUGCCACGAUCGAAAAAGAGCAGCACACUGCUCAGCAGAACUCCGAAGCAGGCAUCUGGUCUGUAUUUCAGGGGCAGAACCUCAUACGAUUCUUGAUAGCAUCAUGGCCGAAGAUCACUCAGCAGCUUGUCGGACUGGCAGUUUUCAACACUUAUGCAACCUAUUUCUUCCAAUACGCAGGGUUCACGAAUCCGUUCCAGGUUACUGUCAUCCUGGGCUGUGUACAACUUCUCUCCAUGCUUCUGACCUCGACACUAACAGAUCGAUUUGGGCGACGACCUCUGACUGUUUAUCCAUACGGCGUCACCUCUUUGUCGCUGCUCUCCCUUGGUGUCUUAGGGUGUUUUGACUAUAAGCGCGAGGACCUCAGCUCUCUGUUGGUGUUCUUCGCGUGCUUGGCAACAUUCUCAACCACAGGUGCAUCGGCAAUAGGGUAUGCGUACGCCGCCGAAGUCCCACAGCAGCGCCUGAGAGCAAGAACUGCAAGCUGGGCUCUUGCACUUUCGAAUAUGGUUGCCAUCCUAUUCAGUUUUACCACUCCGCUAAUGAUAAACGGUUCUAUCACGAAAUGGGGUGUCAAGACAGGGUUCUUUUUUGCUGCAACUGGCAUCAUCGCCGUCGUUGUCGCUUGGUUCAUCAUGCCCGAGGUUGCACGUCGGACACCAGCUGAGAUAGAUGAGAUGUUCGAGAAGAAGAUCAAUCUCCGCAAGUUCAAGGGAUACGUCACGGAAGUCGAGGUCAAUGCGCAGGAAGUGCAGAUUCAAAAGAGCAAGAUGGAGAAUGCGUGACAGACAUGUUGGGUAUAUUGAUAUCGUGAUGAUCUAGUAAACCAC